AUGCUCAACCUCUACACCUUCUCCCUACUCGUUUCGGCUGGGUUCGUCCUGGCCUGCGAUCAGGCUGAUGAAGUUCAGCGACGACUUUGCGUUUUGGAGAAUGAGGUGCACGCCCUCGGAAAUGCCAUGCAGGAAGUGCUCACCCGGACAGAUAUUGUGCUUGAAGAGGAGCCCCAGGGAGUAGAGAAGAGGAAGAAUGAGUUCAUCCGUUUUGGAAAGCGAUCCGCUGAGCCCGAUAUGGAGAUGGAGAAGAGGAAAAACGAGUUCAUCCGCUUUGGAAAGAGGAAGAACGAGUUCAUCCGCUUCGGAAAGAGGAAGAACGAGUUCAUCCGCUUCGGACGCUCCGCCCCGGUUCUUCUUGAGGAUGGAGCCAUGGAGAAGCGCAAGAACGAGUUCAUCCGUUUCGGU